AUGGCUCCCCGUCUAGAGGGCAAGGUUGCCAUAGUCACCGGUGGUGGCUCCGGAUUUGGCGCCGCAAUUGCCAGACGCUAUGCACAAGAGGGUGCAAAGGUGGUCGUUGGUGAUAUCAACGUUGUCGGGGGUGAGAAAGUAGCCUCUGAAAACCCAGCGAGCAUUGCAUUUAUGAAAAUGGAUGUGACCAAGGAAGAGGACUGGAAGGCUGUGGUUGACCAAACUGCGAGCAAGUUUGGCCAAGUGGAUAUCCUGGUGAAUAAUGCCGGCACGACCUAUAGAAAUAAGCCCUCAAUGGAAGUGACAAUAGAAGAAUUCCAACGCGUCUUCGACGUCAAUGUAAAAAGCAUCUUCCACGCCUCCAAAGCCUUCAUCCCCAAGCUUCUCGAGCAGGGCAAGGGUGGUUCCAUCAUCAACAUCUCCUCCACCGGUGCCUCUCGACCCAGGCCAGGCCUGGUGUGGUACAAUGCUUCCAAAGGCGCCGUUUCGAAUGUAACAAAGGGUCUCGCCGCCGAGUACGGCCCGAACCAGAUCCGCGUCAACAACGUCUGCCCCCUGCUCUCCGGCACGGGCCUGUUCGAGAUGUUUGUGGGCGUGCCGGACACCCCCGAGAACCGGGCCAAGUUUAUCUCCAACGUGCCGCUGGGCCGUUUGACGGAGCCGGAUGACGUGGCGAAUAUGUGUGUGUAUCUGGGCAGCGAGGAGGGUGCGUUCAUCAAUGGGACGGAUAUGAUUGUUGAUGGGGGCAAGUGUAUUUAG